AUGAAUAUUCAUAAAAAAUAUUUUGUUGAUAAUAUUUGGAAUUUAUUCAAAUUAAAAAAUGUAUCGGAACAUUUUUUAAAAUUAGAAAUUGAAGCAUACUACUUAAAUUUUGAAGGGGAUUUUUAUGAUUUCGAAUCAACAACUCGCCGUGAGCAAAUGUUAGAUAUAUUCGAACAAAUAACUAGGCAUAAGUUAGACGAAGAUAUAGAUGAAAAAUAUAAGUAUUACCUCAUAUAUCUAGAAAAAAAUAAUAGAAAUUUUAAACGAUUAAAUAGAAAAGAUUUUGAAAAUUCUUUAGUUACAACAUAUAGAAAUGAUAUAUGCUUUGAAUAUUUACCUAUUGAAGAUGAAAAAGGUAAUAUAAUGUUUGCUGAUAGAAAACAACAAACAAAAAAUAUAUUUACAACGGAAACAAAAAAAAAAUUUUUAGAAAAAAAACUAACAAAAUUUUUAAAUGAAAAGAAUAAAGAAAUUACAAAGAUUAUAAAUAAAAUGAAUAAAGAAAUAAUGAAAGAAAAAAAAACUAGAAAAAGAAGUAGAAAAUAUUGGGAUGAUGAUUCAACAUUAGAAAAUCCCAAAAAUCCAAAACAAUCAAAUAUUGAAAUAGUAGAAGAUAACAUAAUCUUUGAAAGUAGUAAUAGUAUUACUAAUGAAGAUAUUUUAAAUAUAAUUAAAAAAUCAAAUAAUGAUGUUGAUAAAAUUUUAUUUAAAAUAUUAGAAAUAGUCAAAUAUUUAAAUAAACAACAUACAAAUAAAAUUAAUAAUAUUGAAAUUAUUAAUUUUAUUUAUCAUAAUGUUUCAUUAUAUGUUUAUGACAAUAAUUUUAAUAUUGAAUUUUAUCAACAAGAAAUAGUUAAUAAUUAUCCAUCAUAUAUUGAUAUUAAUUUACAAUUAAAUAAUUAUUAUUUUGAAAAAUAUGGUAAAAUAAAAGCGGACGGACAUUGUGCAUUCAAUUGUAUGAAUAAAAUUUCUUACAAUAAACAUAAUGGAUACAUUGAAGUUAGACAGACAUUAAUUAAUUUUUAUAAAAAUUUAUUAAAUGACUCCAAUUUUAGACAAAUGAAUAUAUGGAUGUUUGAAAUAUGUAACGUUGAAUUACUAUUGAAUCACAUAACACGCGUUAGCUGUUUCGAUAAAAUAGUAAACAUAGAAAAUUGGGGUGAAGAAAUUGAUUUUUGUGUGUAUGGUUAUAUACAUAAAAUAAGAUUUCUUAUUUUAAUUGAUACAGUUGAACUUCAAUCAUUCAAUAUGUGUUGGAGGCAUUAUGAUUCAGUUGCAAAUAACAUCAAUAUAUGGCCAUUAGUUAUUAUACACUAUAAUGGUUCUCAUUAUGAGACCAUCAAAAAAAUUUAUUGUCGUAAUAAUAUGGAUAGUAAUGAAAUUGUUAGUGACAAAAAUGAUAGUCAUAAUAAUACUGAUGUAUCUAAAUUUGAUUUUAGUGCAUUUUGUGAAAAAGAAGAAGAUAAUAUUUUUAAUAAAAUGUUUUAA